AAAAAAUAAUAUGGAAAAAUCUGGACACAAGAAAAGCAAAGUACUUAACUAUGAAUCAUCGAUAUCCACAACGGGUACUACCACGGCUUCUCCACCAUAUUCCGAUAAUAUUGGUAACUUGAAAUAUGCUAAUGCAAAUUUUAUUGAUAACUCGGAGUCAUCAGUUCAAUCUAAGGUCGCCCUUUUAGACUUUCAAAAAAUUCAAAAUCUAAAUUUUGAACAACAGUCCACGCAUUUAAAACCGCCUCCAAGCAAGAUCUUACCAUCAACACUGCCCUUAAUCGACAAGAAAAGUGAAACUAUUGCUCGUGCAUCCGAUUGUCAACUACGCGAGAAAUCUUUAUUGGAUAUGGGCUUCAAACCAAACGAAGUCGAAGGUUGGGAGAAUAUAGUGCAACCGCCGAAAGAUAACCUUUACAAAUUGUUAAAGAAUAUGAUUGAUAAUCAUAUCAAACCGAAUGUACAAAUUCGUAUUGGCGGUGUUACGUUCAAUUGUCACAUGAUGGUUUUGCAGUGCUAUUCCGAUUUUUUUAUGGAUUGCAAUAAUGAGGUAUUGAUACAAUUACCCGAAGAAAAGAUUACGCCUACGGCUUUUGUAAUGGUAUACGAUUGGAUGUUAGCCGAGGAACCGUUAGUUCAGCGUGAGGGUAUUUUAGAGCUAUUUAAUGCCGCAAAUUUUUUACGUAUUAAAGAGCUAAUUAAUCAAUGUUGGUUAUGUUUGGAUGAUGAUGCACGUUUUCGUGAAGACACUGCCUUUCUAUUGUAUUUGGAGGCACGUAAAUAUUGUUUAGAAAGUUUAGAACAAUUGAUGUUGAUGCGCAUAUGCAAAUUCUUUUUGACUUUGGUCGCUUCUAAAGAAUUUCUAAUAUUAUCAGCUAACGAAGUUUGCGCUUUGCUGUCAUCGAACACAAUUGGUGUCAAUUCGGAAACUGAGAUUUUCAUGUCUGUUGUACGUUGGUUAAGUCAUAAUUGGGAGGAAAGAAAAUGUCACAUGUUAGAUCUUAUUAGAUGCGUACGAUUUAGUCUAAUGCCACCAUGGUUUUUAGUAACGUUAAUGAAAAAUCCUGAAUGCCCGGAAAUCGAACAUAUUGUAAACCAUGCCGAAGUUAGAAAUAUGAUCAAUGACGGUAUAACAUAUACCACUACUCAAUUCUAUUACGGAGAGAAACGUGAGGAUUUUCUUCAGUUUUUACAACGAUUUCAACUCUUAACCCCUAUGCAACGCCAAUGGGUCUUUGAUAAAGAAUGCAACUAUCAUCACCGUCUUGAGUGCCCUAAUUUGCAGUGCGUUACUUAUAAAUCGUUUUUGGAUUAUUUGGAAAUGAUACUCACCAUUGGAAAAGAUUAUUGGCGCAACCUCGAAAUGGCGAAAGGAAUUGAGAAGAACAUGCAGUGCUGCGUACCCUCGGAUUGCCGUAAGCCGGCAGAUCCAAACUUAAUCGAAUAUUUAAGAAGGGAUAGUCGUGAUCAAGGCAUUCAAUGCGAAAACGCUUCCGCAAAAUAUUGCAAUAAAUAUUUGAAGGGGGCGAAUAAAAUGCAAAAUAGAAUCGGUGGCAGCGUAAGCACUUGCAGGAGAACACCACGUGCUAAUCCAAGAUGCACACCAACAAUAACGACGUAUACAAAGUCAGAAACGGACUAUGCGCUGCAGGAUGGAGAAAACGAUGCGUAUAAUGGUAAUAAUCAAGAUGCUAUAAAAAAUCAUGUUGCUCAGCAGCCGAUAAUGCUCGAGUGCAUUAAUGCGAACGAUUGUUGCAGUAAACCGCAACCGCAACCGCAUAGAUAUUUUCAUCGUUUGUCAAAAUCACGUCAAUCGAAACAAAUCCUCAAAAACGAGGACAUUAAAACGGUGAUAUUUAAAACUAAUGAAACAAAUACUAAUAAGAAUCUAGGUGGCGGCGAUUGUUGUGCUGGUAGCGGUAAUUGUUUGCAUGUAGAUGCGGCUACAAAGCAACAUGUUUUGCAUGACAACCACGAUAACGAGGAGGUUAAGUUGCAUAUGAGAUCACUACAUAAUUGUAAUGAGGAUGGUAAGCAAAACGAUACCGAUAAUGAUUGCGAUGAUGAUGGUGAUUAUAGGACGAAAAUAGACGGAAAGACGAAUGCUGCGAUGCCGGUCAAUAAAACUAAGGAAUUUUACGAAAUGCGGCAGCAAUUAUUUAAAUCUGUACAGAUGACGGAUAGUUGGCAAAAGUAUACGCGCAUAGAUUAUAAAAUUAUAGUGAUUGGUGGUAUUGAUCCAUAUUGCUCGCAUUGCCUGCGUGAGAAUCAGCCUCAGCCACAAAAACAGCAAGGCAGUCGUAUGGUAUCCGUUGAGCAUUCAAAGAAUUCUAUCAAUAAUGCCAAUGUCAAUAGCAAGGAUACUUGGUUUCCGAACUGCGGUGAUCAAGUGCUCAUUUACGAUACUUCCGUUUUGGAAUGGCGUCAUUUGUCUUAUAUACCAUUGGGUUCACGUCAUCAUCAUUCAGCUAUAUUAUGCCGCGGUCUCAUUUAUGUAAUUGGUGGAACUAAAACAGCUUUAGGGUGUACCAAGAAAUCGACAUUCGAAAAGUCUAUAUGGUGCUUUGAUCCGACUACGUUGAAAUGGGUUUUCGAAAGCAGUUUACCCGAAUCACGCAGAGAUUUUGCUGUUAUAGCCAUUAAUGAACCAACAAUAUGUUCACAUUGCCAAGAUAGCAAAGACAUGCGUAGACAUGACAUUGGAUUUUUUAUAAUUGGCGGUGAGAGCACAAACGGUGUAGCACUUAAUUCAGUUUGGUUUUAUAGUGUGCGACGUAAAAUAUGGAUAAAGAAAGCACCGUUAAAUAAGGGUCGUUAUGGAUUUGCUGCUGCCAUAGUUAAUAACGAAAUCUGGGUAGCGGGUGGCAUAAUCAAGGAGGGCUCUAUUGCGAUGGGUGGUGGUGGUGACGGUGGUGGUGGUGGUGGUGGUGAUGACGACGGUAAUGACGGUGGUGACGGUGAGGGUGACGAUGGCGGCGAGAUUACCAAAACUAGCGCAAAUGUAAUCACUGACACAAUAGAGAUUUACAAUUUGAAAUGCAUUCAUGAGAGUAAUAGCGAUACCAGGAAUUUAGCAUAUGGCAACGACCACGGAGCGGGAGGGGAUGGCGUCGAACGUUUCACUGGGCAAUGGAUUCCAUUAAAAUUACAUUUGCGUAUGCCGAGAUUGUUUGGAAGAUUUUGUGUAAUGGGAAAUGGUGAACUUUACCUUGUUGGUGGUCUUGGCCUUGACAAGAACGGCCUUCCAAUCUCUCUGUCGGAUAUCGAUAACUUUGAUUUUGAGCGCAAGGAAUGGUGGCAUUGUGGUGAUCUCAAAUGGCCAAGACAUGGUCAUGACGUUGGCAUCAUCAAUGAUUAUUGCAUUGUUUCGGUGGGUGGCGUGUCAACCUUCGAGAAACGUACUCUCAAGAAAGUAGAAACCUUCUGCACCCAGACGCGCAAAUGUCUUGCAGAUCUGCCAGACCUCUCUUUUCCCUUAUCUGGUUGUGCAGUAGUAACAAUAAAAUAAAUUUUCAAAAUCCAUUCUAAUAAUAAAGAUGAUUGUUUUGUAGCAAAACACUUUGUCAAUUACAACCAUUUCCUCAUGAUAAAUAAAUGAUUAAAGAUUUGAAUGAAAUCCAUUCAAAAAAUAAUUUUUGUAUCACUCAUAUAAAGAAAAUGAGCUGCGUUUGUACGCAGAAAAUAACAAUUAGGUUCGUGUUGAAGCGCUUCAAAACCUUGGAUCAGUUGGACAAGAACAAUGAUGUCAAGUUAAUAUGGACGGAUACCUGGCCAUUUAG